AUGGGAAAUCUACUGAUGGACAUCAGCUGCUCCUCAUGGGACUCUAUUAAGUGGCUUCCCAAGUCUCCUAAACUGUACAGUGGCCAUAACUGGAGUUCCCAGGGCUCUCGCUGGGCCUCGUUGAAAGGAAAGGAAAGUUUUCACGGUGGUAACCUGUACAAAUUCAGUUCUGCUAAUGGAAAAUGGAGGGAAGGAAGGAUCAGUCCCGAGCAAGAAGCGGAGGAGCUGGAGGAUCCUGAUGAUGAACCUAUUUCCAAGUUUUCCGGCAGCCUUUUUGAUACCGACGAUAACAUGAGAGAUCAAAGAAAUACCAGAACAGCUCUUCAAGAAAAGCACAAGUCGGCAAUGAAAGGGAAGACUCCUCCAGGGACUAACACUAAGGUGCAGCCACCCAUCUCGGCAGCAGGCAGCUUCCCCGGCGAGAGCGGCCGGAUCCCGGAGGAACUGAGGGCGGUGGAUGCGCCACAGCCCCCGCUGAAGGGGAUGAUGACUGCACGGCUGCCGAAAGAUGGUCCAGCAGACUUGGCUGGGGUACAAGCAGGAGACAGAGUGGCAGAGGUCACGUCUCAAGAAUCUGGAACCAAACCAUUGACAUUCACAUUCAUACCAUCCAUUGGAAGACUUCCAACCCAUUUUGAGGUUGUAGAUGUCUCUAAGUUCCUUGUGACCAUUCCAGAUGAGCCAAAGGAUCUGAGCAAUCAAGAAAUUACAAAUAAGUCUAACGCAGUCUCUGAUGAGCUGGCCUUAAAGAGCGGGGCCAGACAAGACUGUGUGUCCGCCGUCUGUACAGACAGCACCCGAACAGCUUUCCAGUCCCACGAGUGUAACUCGAGCAAAGGAGAAAUGCAGGAGAAUGACCUUUUCAAGGCUGAGUUUAUCCUGAUUACGGACUCCGGUGAUGAAGAUGAAGUAGCCGCUGCCUCGAACAACGUUCAUCGGCCUUCCAAUGGCUACGGUCCCAUCAGCGCUCAGCUGCUGGCCACCUCCCACAUUUCCCCUGGCACCGGGGCAGGGAAACCUCCUGGCGAUGGGCACGUUCCAGGUGCUGCGCUUUCCCACAGCGCUGCUGAUCCGCAAAAACAUCAGCAGUACAAGAUCAAGACAAGCUACAAGGCAUUUGCAGCAAUCCCUACAAACACAUUACUUAUGGAACAGAAGAACAUAAGCUCUGGAAACUGA